GGACGCUCGCGUCGUCGGUUCUGCUCUUAAAAUGCGAUAACGAUCCAUUACGUGUGUAAACAUUUACACUGCGUGCGCUUUUACAAACAUUAUCGCUGGAGGACCUUGCCAAGAGUCGCUACUUAAAUAGUUCGGUCCGUGAAGGGUUUUUGAAUUCAAGAGCAGUUCAACAUGAAAAUCGAGUGGGCUCCCAUUGAAGUUCCCAUGGAGCGACGUCGUCAGACGUUCGCCAUGGCCUUCUUCAUCCUUUCCUUCAUGAUACUUUCCUUUGGCUCUUAUAUUCUGGUUGCUGCCCUGCUGAUCUACGGUGGUCUUAUUUGGCGCACAGUGACCAUCAUCUAUUUAAUCUACGUCUUUGCGAAUCACCGGAGAACCCACUCCAUUAUGGAUGGCAACGGCUGGAAGAUUAACCGCGAUAAUUGGCUGUUUCGGCACUAUCGGGACUACUAUCCCGUGCAGCUGGUGAAGACCGCAGAGCUACCCCCGAAUAAAAACUACAUUUUGGCCAGCUUUCCCCAUGGAAUUCUGGGGACCGGCAUUUCCAUCAACAUGGGUCUAGACAUCUCCAAGUGGCUGGAACUGUUCCCUCAAGUGAGGCCCAAGGUGGCCACCUUGGAUCAGAACUUCCUGACGCCCCUUGUGCGUGGUCUCUUGCGGUCUUGGGGCUUGGUUUCGGUUUCCAAGGACGCUUUAGUGUACUUGCUAACCAAAUCGAACGAUCCCCAGCACAAGGAUAAUCGGGAUGGCUUCACCUCCAAUGCGGUGGCGAUUCUGGUGGGCGGUGCCCAGGAGGCCCUAGAUUCGCAUCCUGGUCAAUACAUAUUGACCCUGAAGAAUCGCAAGGGUUUCGUCAAAAUGGCCAUUCGAACGGGGUCAUCGAUUGUACCCACGUUUUCCUUUGGCGAGGUGGACAUUUUGGAUCAGGUGGCCAACCCACCAAACUCUCCGGUUCGCCGCUUCCAAGAUUUUGUUAAGAGGAUCACGGGGAUUUCCCCGCUAAUUCCAGUGGGUCGCGGCAUCUUCAACUACUCCUUCGGCAUUCUGCCUAACCGCCGACGCAUCGUUCAAGUUGUUGGUGCUCCCAUCGAUGUGGUAAAGAGCGACAACCCCGAUGCAGAAUAUGUGGAUAAGAUUCAUAAGCAGGUCAUCAAGGAUCUGGAGAAAAUGUUCGCUCAGUAUAAGGAUCUGUACAUACCCAACUCCAAAAAGACCAAGCUCAUUAUUCACUAGUCGAAAAAGCUGGUAUCUAGAAAUUGUGAUCAAACUUAUGCUUUAUAAGCAAAUAAUACAAUCCAAUUAACUCAU